UUGCUAUAUAUUAGUAAGAAGAAUUAAUUAUAAUAGUUUAUUGAAACAAACAUAAUUGAAAUAUGGAUCAGAAAAUAAAAUGGAGUUUCAUAAUUGCGGGCACCGUCGUUAUAGCAAGCGUUGCAAUGUGGGGUAUAUGGUACCUGUUGAAAGGACGUAAAGAGAAGCUGAGGAAGGAUCUUAAUAAAAUCGUUGAGGAAGCUUCAACUAAGGUAGUGCAUGAAUUCGCUGAAAAUACAUCAAGCAGUAUCAUAAGAGAUAAUGCAAGUGGUGUAUUCAGUACAGUCAAAAGUGUUACAAAUAAACCAAUUGAAGAUACUGAUAUAGACACUGUAAAAACUGUUCUACAAAGAUUGUUUCCCAAAAAAACUACUGACAUUGGGGGAGUUGAUAAGAAUACAAUUGAGGCAACAGAAAAUCAAUCUAAAGUUAGAGAUGCGAUAAAAGAUGAUGACCUAGCAAAGCUCAUCAUAAAUAAUCUAGUAGAAACAAAAAUAAAGGAAAAGGUAGGUUCUCAAAGUGAAAAAGCGGCAAAAUCUGCUACAAACACUGAAGUCGAUAAGCUAGUUGAAAAAGGAUCAAGUGUUGACAAUACUACCAAGGAUAAAAUCAUCAAUACCGCUAAAGAAGCAGCUAAGAAAAAAUUGGAAGAAAUUAUCAAUACGACAGCGUUAGCUGAAAUUAAAGAGUAUGUUAAAACUCACGGUAAAGAAGUAUUUAAACAAGAGGCACUGGUUAUAAAAUAG